GCCUCCAGGUUGCAGCGCAAAGCGGCCGCCUGCUGCUCCUUUUAAGGCUCGCCCGGGGCCGCGCUAGACCCGCCGAUGGGGAAGAAGUCGGUAACUGCGGGCCGAGGGACCCAGGCCGUGUCUCCCCCGCCCCGCGGGAAGGAGGCCACGCCGGGGUCCCCACCUUCGCUCGCCAGUCCCUUUCCGAGCUGGGGCGGAAAGGUGGGCCUGCCAGUCCUUCUCCUUUAAGAGGGGGCGGGGCGCGGCCUGCCGUUUGGGCGGGCCGAGAGCUGACGGACCAAUCACCCGGGCGGCGGCGGGAAGGCGGGAGAAUGCGAACCCUCCGGUAGGCGGUGGAGGCGGGCCCCCGGCCUUAUUAGGAGGGAGGCCUGCGCAGGCGCAGUGGCGGCCGCCGCGGAGGGGCGGGGACAGGCCAGUGAGAGACGCUCCGACAGGCGCCGCGGGUGAUUGGGAGAAAAGGGGCAGCGGAGGGCUUGUCAUGGGGAUCCGAGCGGCGAGACGGCGUUGGUAGCAUCUGGGGACGCCGAGGGGGGCCGGAAGUGUCACCGCCGGAGACCCCGGCGCCCGCUCCGCUGGGGGGAUCCCCGCUGCUCGGGUCCCGCGGAGGGAGGACAAAAAGGAGGGAGCCCUGAUCUCGCCCUCGCCCCGCCCCUGGGCUGGUUACCGCGGGGGCGGGGAGUGAGGGCUGCUUUUGGGGGGAGUGGAGAUCGGGGGACGCGGCGGUGCCCUCUCGAGCGGCUGCCGGGGUCCCCGCGGCGCGGGCUGCGGAGCAGGGUGGCCGCGGCGGCCGUGGCUGUUGCAUGUGUGGCUGCUGGAUGCGGAGGCGGCGGCGGCGGCGGCGGCGAGCAGCAGCGGCAGGAUGUUAGGGCAGCAGCAGCAGCAGCAGCAACUCUACUCGUCGGCGGCGAUCCUGACCGGGGAGCGCAGCCGGCUCCUCACCUGCUACGUGCAGGACUACCUGGAGUGUGUGGAGUCGCUGCCCCACGACAUGCAGAGGAACGUGUCUGUGCUGCGGGAGCUGGACAACAAAUAUCAAGAAACAUUAAAGGAAAUUGAUGAUGUCUAUGAAAAAUAUAAGAAAGAAGAUGAUUCAAACCAGAAAAAACGCCUACAGCAGCAUCUCCAGAGAGCAUUAAUCAAUAGCCAAGAAUUGGGAGAUGAAAAAAUUCAGAUUGUCACACAAAUGCUCGAAUUGGUGGAAAAUCGGGCAAGGCAAAUGGAGCUUCAUUCACAGUGUUUUCAGGAUCCUGCUGAAAGUGAACGAGUCUCAGAUAAAGCAAAGGUAGAUGCCAGCCAACCAGAAAGAUCUUCAAGGAGACCCAGAAGACAGCGAACCAGUGAGAGCCGUGACUUAUGUCACAUGACUAAUGGCAUUGAAGACUGUGAUGAUCAGCCACCUAAAGAAAAGAAAUCCAAGUCCGCCAAGAAAAAGAAACGCUCCAAGGCCAAGCAGGAAAGGGAAACGUCACCUGUGGAGUUUGCAAUAGAUCCCAAUGAACCUACAUACUGUUUAUGUAACCAAGUGUCUUACGGGGAGAUGAUCGGCUGUGAUAAUGAACAGUGUCCAAUUGAGUGGUUUCACUUUUCAUGUGUUUCACUUACCUACAAACCAAAGGGGAAAUGGUAUUGCCCAAAGUGCAGGGGAGAUAAUGAGAAAACAAUGGACAAAAGUACUGAAAAGACAAAAAAGGAUAGAAGAUCGAGGUAGUAAAGGCCAUCCACGUUUUAAAGGGUUAUUUGUCUUUUAUAUAAUUCUUUCAGAAUUUACUUUCAGAAAAUGUUUUAGGGUAAAUGCAUAAGACUAUGCAAUAAUUUUUAAUCAUUAGUAUUAAUGAUGUAUUAAAAGUUGUUGUACUUUG